AUAGCCGGAAUAUGAUUUUCAGAGUGAAUCCGGCCGACGUCUCAUAUUUCAUAUUUCAUGCUCUGGCGGAGCUGUAUCCAUGGCUAUGGUGGUGGUGACGACAGUUUCCUCUAUCAUCAGAUGUUCAUACAUGGAUCAUCGAAGAAGCGGAACUCCCCGCCUUAAGCUUUACUCCACUUUGAUUCCACCAAUCGAUAGAGCUUUCUUCCUGCCUCAAUCCAAAACCCGCGUCUUUCCAUCCGUUUCCAUCACUUGCGCCGCUAACAAACCCUCCUCCUCAUCAGGCAUCAGUUCAACAGCCAAGAUUCGAAGUGAAGUUCUAUCACCAUUUAGAACAGUUAGAAUGUUCUUCUAUCUUGCAUUUAUUGCUAGUGGAUCCCUAGGUGGAUUAAUUGCUUUAUCUCAGUUAAUUGGGGCAUUGACGAAUGCAUCAAGAGCUGCUGAAGUACCAAACAGUGUAUCUGGACUUGGAAUUGAUAUUGCAGCUGUUUCAUUGUUCUCAUUUCUAUAUUCCAUAGAUAACAAUGCCAAGAACACUCAAUUGGCUAGACUUUCAAGAGAGGAAAACCUCUCAAAUCUUCAACUUAGAGUUGAUGAAAAAAGGGUUAUUCCAGUUAGCAGUUUAAGAGGAAUUGUUCGCCUUGUUAUUGUAGCUGGACCAUCUUCUUUCAUGUCAGAGUCUUUUAAGCUCAGUCAGCCUUAUACUGAGAAGUUAGUGGAAAGAGGAAUUGUAGUUGUUCCAUUUGCUACAGAUGGAAGUAAUCCUGAAUUUGAUUUCAAUGAUGGAAGUGAAGAAGGGGGUGUUAUUGAUAACAAGAGAAAGAGGCUUUGGCAAUUGAGUCCUGUUUAUCCAGCUGAAUGGUCUAAGUGGCUUGAUGAACAAAAGAAAAUCGCAAAAGUCUCCCCUGAAUCUCCUGUAUAUUUAUCGCUUCGAUUGGAUGGGCGUGUUCGUGGUAGUGGAGUUGGUUACCCACCUUGGAAUGCAUUUGUUGUACAGAUACCACCCAUGAAAGGAAUGUGGUCUGGUCUACUUGAUGGCAUGGAUGGAAGAGUUUUAUAAGGAAGCUGCUAUAUAAAUAUAUGUUUUCAUUUUUGUGCAGGUAUUAUUAUGCAUCUUCUUCUUUUCCCUUUUUAUUUGUUACUUUCAUAACAUAAUUCAUCACUCUAUCUGAAUUUUGGUGUUUAUUUUA